AUGGCGGUUACGAUGCGCGCGGCCCAAUACAACACGACAACGAACAAGGUAGAAGUAAAUGACAUCCCUAUCCCAGAGAUAGGGGAGCGCGACAUCUUAAUUAAGAAUGUCUGUGCCUCUCUCUGCCAUUCCGAUCUGAUGCUAUUCUGGGGGCACACUGCGGAGAAGCCACCGAUGGACAAGGUGACUCUUGGCCAUGAAAAUACCGGCAUUGUUACGGCAAUGGGAAGCAAGGUGACCGGAUUCAAGGUCGGCGACAAAGUCGGCUGCUUGGGAUGCAGCUAUGCCUGCUACGACUGCGAAGGCUGCAACACGCACAAUCUCUUCUGCCAAGAGGGUACGGGCCGUCUUCACGGAUUCACAACCCACGGCCAUUUUGCCGAGUACUCCGUCGCGGACUAUCGUAACGCCAUGGUGCUGCCGGAGGACAUUGACAUGGCUGCGACAGCACCUCUAUUCUGCGCCGGGAUUACAGCAUACCACGCCGUCAAACAGUGUGAUCUUAAACCUGGCCAAUGGCUGGCGGUAAUCGGUUGCGGUGGGCUAGGGCAUUUAGCAAUUCAAUAUGCCAAAUCCAUGGGUCUCAAGGUGAUCGGCAUUGAUAUAUCAGACGCCCAGCUGGAAUCGGCGCGAGAGCUAGGCGCCGAUAUCACAUACAAUUCUCACAGCGACAGCGACUAUAUAGAGAAACUCACCGUCCUGACAAAUGGGGGAGCACAUGCGGCGACUGUCUUCAGUGCAUCGAACGCCGCAUACACCACGGCUCCCAGCGUUUUAAGGAUAAAUGGGCUCAUGAUGGUGGUCGGGAUCCCGAAGUCCAAUCUCUCUAUCAAUGCCCUCGAUAUCCUAUUGGGGAAGUACCGGAUCCAGGGGGUGAGCAGUGGCAUCCCCCAGCGUAUGAGGGAGCCCAUUGAAUUCAGCCACAAACAUGGUAUAAAGUCCCAUUUGACUACGUUUGACAGCCUGGAUGAUAUCCACACUAUGAUCGAUUUGAUGUCCACAGGAAAGACGGCCGGGCGUCUGGGUAUACUGUUCAAAUAG